CUCACGGAAACCUAUCAGCACACGGGGCUGCAGAUAGAUCUGAUGAGUUUCAUCGACAAGCUCGUCAUGCCUGGCAUUGUGGUAAGCAUCUACACGUAACCCGAGAAGCCAUCCUCAGAAUGGAGCGCCUGUUUGUGUGUGCAGCCGGUGGUCAAGGCCCGUGUGAUGUCGAUGCCCCUGCCUGCGCCGGUCAAGAGCUUCCUGGACCACCCCGCAGGCCCCUUCACCAUCCACUUCUGGGCGCCCACCUUCAAGUGGGCCAUCUCCAUCGCCAACCUCAUGGACAUCAACCGGCCCGUCGACAAGAUGUCGGUCGCCCAGCAGACGGCCGUCGCCGCCACGGGCGUCAUCUGGUGCCGCUACUCGAUGGUCAUCAUCCCCGUCAACUGGAACCUCUUCUCGGUCAACCUGGCGAUGGGCUCCAGCGGCAGCUAUCAGCUCUAUCGCAUCAUCAAGUGGAAGUACUUUGGCGGAGAGGCGGCAGAUGGGGCCAAGGCCAAAGAGGAGGCGGAGGGUGGCAAGUGAUGGGGGAGGGAGCGUAGCGGCUGGCUGAGGUGCCUUUUUUCCAGCGGCUGCCUGUCUGCCUGUCUGUCUGUCUGCCUGUGUGUGGGUUGACGCGAGGUAGAUGAGGCUGGGGCAGACGAGAGACGACCAGGGUGACGUGGUGUGUUGUGUGUGUG